AAAAAAUAUGGCGCUGCCCAUGUUGAGAGGUUGUCACAGGUUUCCAUCAACAUUAAGCUUUACUCGUCUAUGUGUAAAUGAAAGUAUCAUCCUGAACCGGUCCGGUAAGCGGCGGCUACCUUCUCCAUCACCUGCUGCUGUGGUAGCAGCGGUCCGCCAGUACAGCUCCGACCGCGGCGGACAGAACCAGAACCAGAAGGUGGUGGUUGUCGGCAUCCCGAAUCCUUUUAUCUGGUUUCGCACCCGAAUAUACUGCUUUCUGAUCCGGGCUUACUUUGAUAAAGAGUUCAGCAUUGAAGAGUUCACGGAGGGAGCGAAGCAGGCCUUCUCCCAUGUCUCCAGACUGUUGUCACAGUGUCAGUAUAAAGCUUUGGAGGGGCUCGUGGCUAAAGACUUGAUUGCAAAGCUGGAGGAAAAGUGCAACGCGCUGCCAUCGAGCCACAAGAAAGCUCUGUCUGCAGACGCUGAUGAGAUCAUGUAUACGACACCUGGAGAUGUGGGGAUCCACUAUGAUGAUAAUGGGAGAAAGUUUGUCAGUAUUCUGAUGCGUUUCUGGUAUCUGACAAGUGCACAUCUUCCUAACGACACCAUGGAGGGAACCCGUGUCUUCCAGGUGGACAUCGGUGGAGAGGGAGAAGCAGAAACGAAGAGGCUCCUAACUGCAAACUAUGAAUUCCAAAGGGAGUUCACUAAGGGAGUGCCUCCAGACUGGACCAUUACGAGGAUAGAGCACUCCAAGCUUUUGGAUUAAGGUAGUUUUGAUUUGUGGCAGUUGUGCCACUGGAAACGAAUCAAAGACAUGAAAUCGCCCUCAGUAUUUGCUUUCAUUAAAUCGAGUAAAACAAAGCAGCUCAAGGUAAUCCACAGAGGGAAAACAUGUCUCAUCGCCUCACUGGGAGGUCAGAGGAAAGCACCAGCACAAACUUGGAUUCACUCACUAUUCACUGUAGAAAAGACACAUGAGCCGACUCAUCUAUAUCAUAGAGACUGCAGAGAUCUGUGUGCAGUUAACAGUGUUAUACCUCAAAACAGUGAUCAGAACUAGGCUACAGCAGGUUUGUGAUCUCUUGAACUUCUUAUUUGAACUAAAACUAUUGUGUUUAUAUGUAGGGCUGUGUGGUAUAACGGUGUUACAAUUCAAUCUGCCAGAUUUGUCUCCACACAAAAACAUGUCUUUCUUUUUUUUUUUAAUCUUUUUUUUUUUUUACCCCACACAACCUGUUGCAGUAACCCGACUCUGAAGUACAUGCUAUAUAUGUACCGUCUUUGCAAUGAUUAAGGCAGCUCGAUGCAGCUGCAGCAGACCCUUGAUUGUUUUAUUAAAGAUUUGAGAAAUGAAAAA